CCCGAGGCCUGUGGCGACUGGGUCCGUUGGGGCAGAACCAUGGAGGAAAAGCCUUUCAAAGCGUCUUUGGGCAGCCAUGGCUCAGACAAGUCGAGCCCAGACAACGACAUCCGGAAUCUGUGGACCAGGUCCACGCUGUCGCAGCCGAAGCUGAAUGUGCCGCGGUCCAGUGUCGGCGAGAACUCAGACAUGGAGGGCGGUGGCAUCAGCCUCAAGUCCCGCCGGUGGUACAACCAGAAGGCCGGCCGCGACUCAGACGGUGGUUGGGAAGAAAGGGAUGACGGAGAGGACAAGGGCAGUUUCAAACAGGAGGAUCUGAACGAGUCCUCCUUGUUGGAGCUGGAGCUGCGUCGGGCCAGCUCCCUGGGAAGCCGUUUAGGGGAGGACGUCGAUUCCGUGACCGACACCGAAAUGUCUUCCUCAGAGUCAUCGCUCAGUAUCUCGAAGCACACACCCCAUCGAGCCUACUGGAUGGAGCAGCAGAACAGGCUGCCACUGCCUCUGAUGGAACUCAUGGAGAAUGAAGCUCUGGAAAUCCUCACCAAAGCCCUCCGGAGCUACCGGUCAGGUAUUGGCCGGGACCACUUCCUGACCAAGCAGCUGCAGCGAUACAUCGAGGGGCUCAAGAGGCGCCAGAGCAAGAGGCUGCACCUCUUGGUGCACUGAGAGCACCGCCUCGGGCUCGGGCUCGGGCUCGGGCUCGAGUGACAGACAGCCCGACUCCAGUUCCCGGCCCCUGUCCCGUCCCCAGACCCAAGCCCGACCCUGUCCACGUGGAAUUUGAGUCCUAGAUAAAUAAAAGACUCUGUGCACGGUC